UUUCAGUUGGCGGUAAAUGGUGAGUGCGAGAGGAGUUCACAAAUCUUGUGGUUCUUCGGAACGAUACAUAGGCAUACAUUUAUUUAUUUAUCAAAUAUAGAAUAUUCACGUAGGCGUGUGAGUAGCAAAGGAAGAUGGCGGCUGCCGAGGCGGAUAACAAGAAUUUUUUGCCAUGUUACAACUUUCCGAUUUUGCAAUACUUUCACGUCGCAAUAUGGCCGAAUCUCGAAUAUUUCUUUGGCAAGCAAUCUAACGUUAAUAGCAGAAAUUUAUAAUUGAAUAAAAAUCUUAUCCACAAUUAACAACGAACUGAGUCCAAUAAAAAUACAAAUCUUUUUCGCUAAAUGAAGGGGAUGAAAGAAAAGUUAAAAAUCUCAGAAUAUGAAACUUAAAAAAAAAAUUCGAUACGGUGGUGCUGCUAUCGGGGUAUAGAAAAAAUUCUUUUUUCCUUCUGCGCAUCCACCGGCCAUGCCGUUUUCCGCAAUGGCGGUAUAGUCCAGUACCGCCAGACGUCGGUUCGACUUUUCUUCGUUUUAAAGCUCCGUCUGAAUGGACACUGCAUCGGAUCCAGUAGAAACGGGAGGUACUUCGAUGAUCGAACCAUCUGGAAUAGCUGAUCUAUCUGAUGUGCCAGAUUUGCCAGAGGUUUCUGAAUCCACAGGUCUCAGUCCUUUGACUUCCUCGUUGGACCAUCAUCUUACUCUCCAAGAGGACAAUUUGUCUCCUACACGAGACGUUAACAUGGGCAUUGAGAAUACCUGGACAGAGGCAAAUUCUUCGGCAUCGGAUUACGCUAUUCCUCUGCCACCUCCACCAGGUUUUGAUGAUUUUGGAGAUGUCGGUGGUGAGUCUAUGGGAAUCGACAAUGGAGGAUCGAAUGGUCCUGGAUUAGGUCCCUUCUUAUCACCUAGUCCAGCCCUCAAUAAUCUCUUCAACGACACUACUGAUAUGCAAGAUGAAUCCAUUGUCGAAGUUAGCACACCGGCAGGCGUUUGUGGUCUUCGUAAUCUCGGAAAUACGUGCUUCAUGGCUGCAGGCCUUCAGUGUCUCACUGCGACUCCGCCUGUUCUCCGACAUUUUCUGGAGUUGCAUCAGAGAGCUGAUAAACUUCCACCUCCUGGAUCAUUGAUGGCCAACUUUAGUUCUCUGUUGAGUAAAAUGUGGUCCGGCAGAUACAGUGUUGUUAGGCCCACCGAAUUCAAACAAACUCUCGGAGCUUAUCACACACAGUUCAAGGAUUACAGACAGCACGACUGCCAAGAGUUUCUUGCUCUCUUGCUGGAUUCGUUGCACGAGCAAAUGAAUACAGCAAAGUCGGCAAAGAUCUGCCAAGUCCCAGCAACAACCGCAAUAACUGCCAAUUCAAUAACGUCGAAUAAGAACUAUGGAGCAGCCGUUGGACGAGAAAUCGCUUCAACGGAGACAGCUACAGUUACUGCCUCCGGUAAUUCUAACGUUCCCGAUCUCUUGGAUACUUACGACUAUUCACCUUCUCCAGAAUGCCCCAAUAGUCCAAACAUUACAAUGGCUGGUUCACCAACAGGCUUCGAUUCUCCGAUGAGAGAAUUAUUGGACAGUACAGCAAAUUCACCACCAGUUUCGCCUCCGGUUUCGCCUCUGAAUGACGAGAACGAAGAGGACGAAGAACCACAACAAGAGGGAGAGGAAAGCUUGGAUUCCCAAGAGACAGUGGAGACUAAAUCGAGUUUUAUUUUGAACAAGACUCACGAUCACAUAGACUCUUCAUUGCCUCGGAAAACAUUAUCGAAGUACAGUCUGUGGGACAUAAUAAAAGACGAGCCGAAAACGAGUAAUCACAAUUUUCUCGUUAACCAACAAGAAUGUAAUAAUGAGAUACAUUAUGAUUCUCAAAAAUUCCCACAAAAACUUCGGCGAAUGGCGUUGGACAAUUCGAAUUUGACGGAAAAUCAUGAUUUCGACAAUAAAACUCUCAGCACGAAAAGGAUCAAAGAAAUAAAUGUGCAAAAAAGUAAUUGCAGUCUCGAAUGUGCCUCUAGCGGCUCUGACACCGAAUGUGAUACCGGCUUGGAAAAAUGUAACGUCAAAAGAAUGCGACUAGAAGAUCAUGAAAAAAAUCAUCGACGAGGCGACGGACUUGGUGCUAGCGGUCUUCAGUGCGGACGACUUUUACAAAAUGGUGAAUGCGGCGCGAUCGCUACUCAAGACGAGGUUGAAGCUGACAAACACUGGGCGAAACACCUGCGAUCCAAUCGUAGCGUUAUCGUCGACACAUUCCAGGGUCAGUUCAAGAGCACGGUAGUCUGUGCAGUUUGCGAACACGUAUCGGUCACCUACGAACCUUUCAUGUAUCUUUCGGUGCCGCUGCCUCAUGCUAUGGAACGCCAAUUGACCGUAACGUAUAUACCAGCGAAUAACAGUCCACCAGUUAGAUGCGUAGUAUCGCUCAACAAGCAAUCACGAAUUGGUAAGCUCAAAGAGGUAUUGCUCAAGACACUUGGCAAAGAUGAUGUACCAACGGGCAACGUUGCGCUCGCUGAAGUCCUUGAAAAUCACAUAGCCCGAAUAUUGGACGAUAAUUCUCUCCUUCGAUACGUAAACGAUACGAAUCGUUCGAUAUACGCUUUUGAGCUUUCCGAUCCCCCGGAGGCUUAUACGUCAAUAACAGACGGUGGGGGUGAUCGAGUUACUGAAACUGAGCCGUGUCUAAACGGUGCUAGCACGGGUGAGGAAAUUGGACCAUGUACAAUAUGCCUUGAGGAAUUGGAUGGUGAUCUCAAGCGACACCGUGGAAAUAGUUGUAACUUUAUCAUGUGCGAUCCUUGUAUCGAGAACUACUUCAAGAACCAAACGGAACCUCGAACGUGUCCGGUGUGCUCGACCAGUGUCGUCUCCUCUUCGUUCACGAAAAUCGAUCAAACCGGCAGACCCAGGCCAGCCAUAAGAAUUUUAAAUGUUCCACUCGUUCUGAGACACGAUACGAACGAAGCUACCAACAAUCGUAAAUCCACCAAGCUCUUUGGUUAUCCUCAUCUCGUCAAAUUACCUUCGAGGGUUAACGCCAAGGAUCUUUACAAUGUCCUCAAACGCGUUGUUCCCCAGGAGGAAAGUUACACCGUUCAUUUCGUUACGGGUCAGGGUCAUUAUUGCUCACGCUGUAUGUAUAACGCUCACUGUACGGGUUGUAGCGUCCCAGAAAGUGGGAUGGUAGAUUUACAAAAUGGCGAUACGCUCGCGGUUCGUUACACCGAAAAUGUUCCAACAAUCGUUCCGCCGGUCGAUCAUAUAAGCGUAAGCAAACAACGUCCCCACCAUCCAUUGUCUCUUUACGAUUGCCUUCAAGCAUUUAGUCAAAGUGAAAUGUUGGACGAACACAAUCCGUGGUUUUGUCCAAAAUGCGAACGAAAUCAGUGCGCAACGAAGACACUCACCGUACAUCGUUAUCCCAUGUUCCUUAUAGUUUAUUUAAAAAGAUUCGUAUUCUAUGAAUGCGUGAGUAUGAAAUUGGACGACAAGGUAACGUUCCCCCUUGCUGGUCUGAGCGUUGGGAGGCAUUUGUACGAUCUUUAUGCCUGUGUUUGUCAUUUUGGAGGUGUUUCGGCCGGUCAUUAUACGGCUUAUGCGAAAAAUCCUCGAACAGAUGUUUGGUAUUACUACAACGACGAAGCAAUCAGCCGACAGAAGCCACAAGAGGAAGAUUAUAGUAACGCUUACAUACUGUUUUACAGUCGACAAGGAACUAACACGAAACCGUGCAACAUAUAAUUGUUUGCUGUGAUAUUAUAACUUUCGUGAGAAGUGAACGGCAUUGGUUCGAACUUGCCGCAUCUUCCGUUCCAGCGGCUUGUCCGAGUUCCAAGUCUAUCGCGAUAUCAGAAGGAAAUAUUCUACUUGAUUCGUUCAUUCGUGAUGUCGUCUAACCUCGUGUGUUCCUCGUUAAGAAAAUCGAGCGGAACAAAGAAAUCGAUGGAAUGUGCUCUUGAAACUGUUGCUCUACAGUCCUAGCGUUCGACGGUUGAGAGAAAAAACUAUUUUCCAUUGAAAAAUACUGAUUCUACGAAUGCGUCAGAAACUAAAUUUUAAAAAUGAAUAUAAUUUCUCCAAUUUACUGACGUUGGCUCGUCCACUCUGCAUUAAAGUGUAACUCAACUUCAACGGGCUAUGCUAAAAUGGAUUCUCGAAUUUUAACGAAUUUUACUCUAUUGAGGAAAAUGAUUUGUUUAAAAAAUAUUCUAAAAAAAUUAAUUAAAGAAAUGAUUGUUUAUGGCCGAUGCAUUUAGAGAGUACAGUCAGUCCGUUCUUUUUUAAUUUUGAAAAUAUUGAAAUAUCGAGAUCUGACUAUGAAUACUCGGAAAAUUUAAAAACUGGCCCAACGAUGAAGAGGUGCUGGGAGAUGACAGGGCAGUUAUCUCUUCGAAGGGAAAAUCAGAGCUCAUUUUUUUUCUCAUCAACGAAGAACUCGAGUGUUGUUUUUGGCCGUGUAAAUAAUAAAGUGGAAGGGCUCAUUUGUGUUUUUGUGCAUGAGAAAAACAAUAUUAUGGCGAAAUUUGAAGGCUCGUACAUGGAUAAACGUUUUGUAAGGGUGUUCGAAGGGCAGGACUAUAAAAAAAGAAUAAAAGACAAAAGUAUAAAGAAGAGUUAAGCGCUUCGCCGAAAUAUCGGAGCGUUCGACUGAGUUUGAAUUGAUCAUGUAACAAUGUGUAUCGAAUUUGUACCAUAGGUGAAUUUACAGAAUCUUCCGGGAAAUUAUCUCCUGUCGGAGAAGGAGAUGAAAAAUCUUGAGCUCUAUUGAAACGACAUCUGUGAAUGUAUGCCCAUUUUUUAUUCCUCGAUUAUAUUUUUUCUGUAAAACCUUUUCUCAGUAAAACUGAAGAUGAUGAGGAUUCCGCAGAAUAUAGUUUCUGAACAUAAUGUCGCACACUACUGCGAUUAUUUUGCCAAGGUUUGAGGUUCUUUAUCUCUUUGCUUCGCCUUGACACUGUUUUCCGUGACUUACUGUAAAUUCGAUAAGAAAACCGAAGUAAUAGUUAAUUUAUUAGAAAAUAAAGAAGGCGAUUGCGAGCUAAACUUGUUCUUUCGCCAAUAAAGAAAAAUUUAAGAAUCAAAA